AUGUCGGACUCAGAUUCGUCCUCGCUUUCGUCUGCUCCGUCCACUGAUGACGAAACAGUCGCCGCCUCCAUAAACCGCAGUAUCGGUCUCGAAAAAUAUUUUAAGCCCCAAGAGAAGCCCGCCAAACCUGCCUCUCCUCCGCCCCCCAAACGUGCCCCCUCGCCGCCACACGAGUAUGUCCUUGCAGACAAUCCAGACAUCGCGUUCAUUGUGAUGUUCCGGUCCAGAUUUAGCGAUGUCUUUCCGAAAUCCCUUCCACAUUAUGGGCCGCAGGACAUCGAAAAUGGGGUUACGGAUACUGUCCCAGGAGAUCAUAUUGAGAGGUUAUUGUGCUCUUUAAUUGGGCUGUGUCUUAAUAGGAAGAAGGAUGUUGACAAAGGCCAUUAUCAACGCGCGCUUGAGGAAGUUGUCCAGACUCAUUCAUCACAGUGGCCACGGGCAUGGGGCGGUAAAAACCCCCUUCACGGCGGCGGGAGCUUUGCCUCCUUGACUCCAACUGAACGACUUUCGUUUCUCAAAGCAUUGAUACUCUGGGCUCUUUCAUCGUCCGACGCAGUCCAAGCCAAAUUGAAAGAAUCCUAUAAACAAUCGAGACACGAUGAUGAUCUCAACCAGCCUCUAUCCGUCCAGCCCUGGGGGAAUGAUGCCUAUAAGCGGCGCUACUGGCUCAUUGAAGGCAGAGAUGAUACCCAUUUCAGACUGUACCGCGAAAGCAAUCCUGCGUUGAAAAAUAGGACGUGGUGGAGUGUCGCAGGCACUAUUCCUGAAUUGAAGAGUGUUGCGGAUGCGCUGGCUGAGGAAAAAUCGCAGCAUUCUAAGAGGCUGAGUGAGAAGAUUUAUACCAGCAUUCCGAGAUUUGAGGGCUCAGAAGAGAAACGAAAACGCCGCGACUACCGCCUGGCACGGAAAGCAGCCUUUGCGCUCCCGGAACCAGGUUUCUCCCUCUACGAAGGCCGAACCCGCGGCAAGAAACUAAAAUACACCUACUCCGACGAAGACGACGACUUCUCAUUAGACCGCCUUCCAACCCGUAAAUCAACUCGCUACUCCCGUCUCUCUACGCCCGGUGAACCGGCCGGCCCUACAUUCACCGCGAGCGGACGACAGGUAAAAGCCCGCAUUGGCGGAUCGUAUGGCGAGUCCAUGUUGAGUUGUCAACGCAAGGAAGUGUCGUUGCCUGUUGGCAACGGCGGGCACGAGGACGGUAAAGGGGACGGGGAGAAUGAUGAUGAUGAUGAAGAACAACCUUUGUCAGCGGAUAAUGGAAGAGCGCAUCGGAAUAGAGCUGGGAGGCUGAUCAAUGGGGCGGGUAGUCACAUUGCUGGAUAUAAUGCUGUUGAUGAAAUGGAUGAGGAGUCUGAGGCGGUGUCAAGUGGGGAUGAGCGGAAUGGUGGGGAUGAGGAUAAAGAUUAUGGAGAUGGAGAUGAGGAUAUGAGUGAUGGGGAUGGCGAGUCGAGCACUGGUGAUGGGGACGGCGGUGAAGAUGACUUUGAUGUCGUUGAAAGUGGAGAUGGAGAUGGAGCUGGCCGGAAUCAAAGUCUGGUUGUACAGCUGAGAUAUGGGAAGGGAAAACAGCAUAUGGGGAAUGGCAGCAGUGCACGACCGCAACAACAGGUUUCGACCGCGAAUUCGAAGUCGCCUCCUGAUUCUUCUAUUGUUACGUCUGCCGCGGGCACCCCGAGUGAACAGCCAUCUAUACAGCCGACGGCAACGACAACGACAACGGGAGUUGCAGUCGAGCUGCCUGGGCUAAAUCAUCAUCAGCAGCAGCCAUUCGCUGUACAUGUGCCUAUACAUAAUGCGCCUGCACCACCUAUCCAAUCAGAUAAACCAACCGCUGACCCCCAGUCCGCCACACACCCGUCAGCAUCCGUGAUAUGUUCGAAGAGCAAAGAUGUCCUUCCCCAGGUAACCGCGACAGACCUGCAGAUGACCCAGAUGGACAUUGAUGCCCUGGUCUCACAACAGCAACAAAAACUUCCACAGGCAUCCGACCACGGCCAAAGCGGAUUUAUAUGA